UGAAGGUGAUGGCGAUGAUAGACACCGUAGGAAAAGCUCCGUUUUUAUUUAUUUUUUACCGAAACAGUUAAACUUCGUUGAGGAGGGUUUGAAUUUUAAUUUCCUCGGUCACAAACGGACAGCUUUCAAAGGUGUCCACAUGUCACAUCAUUUCACGGCUGGAAACCACGACGGCGGACCUUCGAAGAGUUUGAAGAGCCGGUGGCGACACGCUCCUGAGUGGAGUGUGGAGGCUACAACAGGGAGCAGAGUUCAAACAGCAUACGUGAGAUAAUGAGGAAGAGAAGAAGAAGACAGCAGCAGACAGGGCCUCCUCACGGUGACUCAGCAGGUGUGCAGGUUUAUAAAGAGGCAGCAAACUCCAGCCUGUCAGCACGGAGAUGAUGGCCUGGCUGCUCCGCAUCGCCUGCAUCCUGGUCUGCUGCCCCAAGCUGCUGCAGGGCAAAGCUUCAGAGUACCAGCUGGAGUCAGAGACUCUGAGUCAAUGUGAGCUGUUACGAAGCGUUGCUGUUACCAAAGAGCAAGAUGACGUCCCUCACUGCACGGAGGACGGCAGGUUCAGACCUGUGCAGUGCAGUGGGCGGGGUCAGGAGUGCUGGUGUGUCGACGCUGAAGGUCAGGAGGUCGUCGGGACUCGAACCAGCAGCUCAGCUCCUUACUGUCCAUCUCCCUGCCAGCUGCAGUCGGUCCUGCGGUGUUCGCCUUCAGGCUCCUUUGAGUCUGUUCAGUGUGAUGCCAGCAGGGGGCAGUGCUGGUGUGUGGAUCAGGACGGCAUGGAGCUCUACGGCACCAGACAAGAUGGGAGACCCCAACGCUGUCCUGGCAGCUGUGAGGUGAGGGCCAGGCGUCUCCUCCACAGCUCCUCUGGGUCUUCUUCUCCUCCUCAGUGUGCCAAAGAUGGCAGCUUCCUCCCUGUUCAGUGUAAAUUCAUCAACACCACAGACAGAACAGAGCUGGACCUGCUCCACGCCUUCAACAGGUUUCCAGAAGCCUUUGAGACGUUCGGCAGCUUCAGGGCGCUCUUCCCGCUGGUUUCCUCGUACUGCUUCUGCUCCGACAGCCGAGGCCGAGAGCUGGAAAACACAGGUGUGGAGCUCCUGCUGUCCGAGGUGUACGACUCUGCGUUCUCCGGUCUUCGCUCCGGCCACUCCGUCUCUCAAACCAACAUCUACCGAGUCCUGCAGAGGAGGAUGCUGGGAGUCCGCCUCGCCCUCACCGGACACUUCAGAUGUCCCUCUCCCUGCGAGGAGGAGCGGCGAGCAGCGAUGGAGGCCAACAGCGUCUUCGUCCCGUCCUGUGAGAGCGGAGGAGCCUUCACCUCCAAACAGUGCCAGCAGGGGGGACAGUGCUGGUGUGUUGACCCUGCGGGGCGAGAGCUUCCUGGGACACGACAGCAAGGAGACUCCCUGAUCUGCAGUUCAGGACCAGCCGACUGCCCCUCUCAGCGUCGUCUGGCUCUGUCCCGUCUCUUCUCUGGUCCCGUUGAGCCUCCUCUUCAGACCUCCUCUAGCAGAUCUCCAGUCUCCUGUAUCUCCCUCCUCCAGCCUCUCAAGGAUCUCCUCCCAGUAGAUUAUGAUCCCACCUCCUUCUUGUCUCAACUGAUCGAAGUCCUGCAUGGUCUGUUCCCCUCUGUGGGGGGUGCUCUGCAGGCUCUCACUCGCUCCACCCCCCGCCGCUUCCAGGAGAACCUGUUCGGAGGGAAGUUCCUGAAGAGCGCAGCAGCUUUUAAUUUCAGCGGGGCGGUGGGAUCUCGAGGAGCUCUCAGUCUGGACUCUCAGACUGUUGCUGUCAGCCUGCAGAAGAACCAGGACCUGGUCCAGUCUGUCAGCAGAGCCCUGGAGGACCCCGCCUUCCUCUCCGCCCUCCAGCAGACACUGACAGGUCUCAGCGGCUCCCAGGCUGCCUCUGUGGAACAGGUUCUGACUCCUCUGCUGCGUUCCUGCUCUGACGAUGAGGACGACACGGCGGCCGUCUUUGUUCCCAGCUGCACACCGAGCGGUGGUUUCCAGGAGGUCCAGUGUCAGGGUGGAGAGUGUUGGUGUGUCGACCCUCAGGGGCAGGAGGUAGAGGGGUCUCGAACCGCAGGUCGACCGCCUCGCUGUCCGUCCGGCUGUGAGAGAGCGCGGGCGAUGGCCCUGAAGGUGAAAUCAAACAUGGCUGCCGGUGCUGAAAUCCACAUCCCGGCGUGCUCGGAGGACGGAGACUUCCUGCCGCUGCAGUGUGUCGGCCCUCGCUGCUUCUGCGUGGAUGCUGAAGGGAAGACGAUGGCUGCCGGGCCAUCGGGGGGCGCUGUCACAUGUCCAGAGAGAAAACCGCCAACGCUCCCGUCCUCUACAGGUCGGUGCACACAGACGUUGGCUGAGGUCGAGACCUUCAGACAGGAAGUGAAGAGCAUCAUCUCUCUCUCUAACUCCUCCCACAUCCCUCUGGGAUACGGAUUCCUAUUGGCUGAAGGUCUCUAUCUGACCCCUGAGGAGCUUCAGAUCAGUCAAUCAGAGGAGGAGCUGCGAGUCUCUGACGGGCUGCUGAGGCGGCCCAGAGCUGCUCUGCGAUUGGCUGCUUUCUCCACUGUUCAGAUGCUGCUGCCUCCUCAGCGUCGCUCGUACCAGCCGUUCACUCCACAGUGUGACGCUUACGGACGCUGGCUGCUCACACAGUGCUACCACAGCACAGGUCAGUGUUGGUGUGUUGAUGAAGAUGGAGAGUACAUCUCUGACUCUCUGACCAGCCGCUCACUCAGCCUGCCCAAAUGUUUGACUCGCUGUCAGAGAGCAAAGGCUCAGUCCCUGCUCUCUGGUUGGAUGAAAGGCUAUGACAACACUACCUCCUCACCUUACCUCCCAAACUGUGAGCAGGAUGGUCGUUUCUCAGUGCUUCAGACAGGAGGCGCUGCAGGCUGGUGUGUGAACCCUCUGACAGGAGAGACGAUACAAACGGCCACACCAAACGCUGCAGGACAGCUUACAUGUCCCAGCUGGUGUCAGCUGCAGGGACUUCAGUGUCGCCCUGAUGGCUCCUUCACCCCGCUGCAGUGUGAUGUCACUUCCUGCUGGUGUGUGUCUGAGAAUGGGCAGGAAGUGGGUGGAACAAGAACAUCUCGACAGACAGGCCGCACUCCAUCAUGUGACCGUCCUCUGUGUCCCGCCCCCGUCAUUAACCAUGGUACCCUGGUGUGCCGCCCACCAGCUGAUGGACGUCAGAGCUGUGACCUUGUUUGUUACCAUGGCUACCAGAACUCACUUCCUGUCAGCAGCUUCUUGUGUGAGACUGCAAGUCGUAGAUGGGGUGGAGACAUCAAGCCAUUGAGUGGAGCCUGUCAAAUGUCUCAGCCCCCACAGUCAGUGUCCUCCUCUCAGCUCUGGUUGUUGCCAUCGUCCUGCUCUCAGAUUAACAGGUUACAGUCUCUGCUGUUCAACACAAUGGCCAGCAGGGGGCUCUGCUCUGCACAGCUUCCCUCAUCAGGCCGUGCGGUGCCGCUGUGUGACAACUCCUCAGUGACUCUGCAGUGUGAUGAUGGUGACUCACUGAGGUUAACAGUGAGAUGGAGUGUUGCUCUCUCUUACCUCCCGACCUUUGACCUCCCAGACCUCCAUGACAUUGGACUCUUCCUGAAUGAGUUCAGGCUUCUGGAGGGACUUCAGGGAAUUCUGCGGUCCAUGCUGACAUCACAGCCCAAAGUGGUUUCCGUGACCACACCAAACUUCGCUUGUUCCCGUGGUUACCAUCUGGACAGUGAAGGCGAAGGCUGUGUUGCUUGUCCUGCUGGCAGUUUCUCCCAAGAGGGGGCGUGUCUUCUGUGUCCUCAGGGGACCUAUCAGGAUGAAGAGGGGCGGGACUUCUGCAACAGGUGUCCCAAAGGCUCCUCCCCUGCUGGAGCAUCAUCUGUCAGAGAAUGUGUGACUGAGUGCCAGAGGCGGGGCCUGCGGUGUUCACAGCAAGGUGACUUCCUGCCAGCACAGCCUGAUGUCCUCUCCGGCAGGUGGAGGUGCUUCAGCAGUGAGGGGGUGGAGCUUGAGUGGACCAACAGUGACAAGACUCUGAAUGAUGACGAGUGCUCAGUUCUCAGCAAAUUUAGAGCUGUUCCCAAAUCAAACCUGAUUGUUGGAGCUGAAGAUGCUGAAGUGCUGCAGACAAUGACCUCUGACCUCACUACCUGUGUCCAGGCUUGUGCAGCAGAGCCUUCCUGCCACCAUGUGGCGCUGUUCAACAGACAGACUCAGUGUGAACUGUACAGCACACACACACUGAACACAUACUGCAACUCCUCCCAGCAGGCCAGUGGUUUUCUGGGUAAUCCUCAGGCCGAGCUGUUUGAUUCACUGAGCUGCUCUCUGAAAGUGAGGGGCGGAGCUUCAGAACUGCUGGUCAUCAGGAAGAAAGGUGCAGAGUUUUCCUCGUGGCAGCAGCAGAAGAGGUUUGUGAGGAUGAGGAUGAUGAAGGCGGUCUCAGGUGUGUUCAGGACUCAGGUGUUCUCUGGUCAGACGUCUCUUUCCAACGCUCAUCGUUUCUGUCAGGACGGCUGCAGCCGCGACACCUGCUGCGACGGAUUCAUCCUCAACCAGAACAGCCUGGUUGGAGGUUCUCUGCUCUGUGGUUGGCUGAGAGCUCCAUCAGUGCUGAUGUGCGGGGACCAGGACUGGGAUGUGAUUGGACAGGGAGCGGCCAAACGCAUCUGCGGGGCGGGGCUUACUUACAAUGAGAAGCAGCGCAGCUUUGUGUUUGACUUUGGAGGACAGAAGUUCACCAUCACUGAUUCUGCUCUGCCCGCCGACAGUAAGAACAGGAAGGACUAUCAGGCCUCCAUCAUCAGCUUCCAAGCCAUCUACCUGAACACUGAUGCAGCUUCAGCUGUCGGCGGCUCUGCUUCUUCUUCCUGUGCUGCAGCUGAGCUCAGUCCUCCUCUGGAAGCCUCAGUUCGGCUGAAGUUUGAGUCUCUGUCUGAGGACGACAUCCUCGUGGAUCCUCAGAGGAAGCUCCCUGCUCUCUCCUUCUGGAUCAGCAAGAACUUCUACAGCUCCCAGCAGGCGCAGCUCUGGUGUCUCACACGUUGUGAUGAGGAGCCGCAGUGCUCUGUUGCUGACCUCAGAGAUGCGGACUCUACAGGUUACUUCAGCUGCUCGCUGUAUCCGGACAGCAAAGUUUGUGGCGCAUACGAUAAACCUCUGAGACAACUCUGCCUCCCCCUGCUGGACAAAGCACCCAACAACACCUACAUCAAGAAGGUGGCUCUGUCUGGACCAGUGAAGAGUUACUAUGAGAGAGUUUCCUUCAGGAAGAUGGUUUCUUACUCUGUACGCAGCCGAGUCAGCCUGGGAAAAAACACACCACUGUCUGAAGGGUUCACUGAGUGCGAGCGGCGUUGUGAUGAGGAUCCUUGCUGCCGUGGUAUCGGCUUUGUCCGUGACACCAAAUCCACAGGAGGCUCUGAUGUGGUGUGUUUGGCUCUGAUUAGUCUCGGGGUUCAGACCUGCAGUGAAGACGACAUGUCGACCUGGAAGACUCAGGACUGCAGACCGUCAGCAGUGAAGAUCACACCGGACCCCUUCGGAUGGUACCAGAAACCCGUGAAUCAGUGGAGUUCGUCUCCUGCUCUUUGUCCUCCGUUCAGCCUGCCACCAACCAAAAACAACGUGUCUUUGGACGACUGGAGUCUCCUCUACAACUCUUCAGUCCUCAUCGACCCGUCUCUCGCUUCCUAUGAUGUCAUCCAUGUGAGCCGUGACAUCGCCUCUAACCGAGACAUGACCAGGGACUGGUGUCUCCAUGCCUGCCAGGAGGCGGAGUCUUGUGUCGCUGUGUCACUCAGUGAGGUGGAGUCCGCCACCCGCUGCGUCCUGUACCCCGACACAACAGUCUGCGGCCUAAGCUCCACCCCUGAAUCCUCCAGCCCCGCCUCAGCCUCCUGUCAGCUGGUCGUUAGAGAGCCCGCCCCCCAGGUGUACCUGAGGCGCCGUGUUUCUUCUUCGCGUACGUCCGUCUCCAUCCCGGGUCAGGGGGUUCUGCAGGGCGUUGCUGUGGAAACAGCACUGGGAUCAGACAGGAGGACAGUCAUUCAAUUCCUGGGAGUCCCGUUUGCUCGUCCACCAAUAGGAUCGCUCCGCUUCGAAGCAGCUCAGCCAGCUGAGUGGAUUGGAACCUGGGAUGCUACCAAACCACGUGCCAGCUGCAUCCAGCCUGGUGAUGCAGCCUCUGCAGCCUCCAGUGAGGACUGUCUCUUCCUCAACAUCUUCGCUCCUGCUGAUCUGAGAGGGCAUGUUCCAGUCCUGGUUUUCUUCUUCAACCCUUCAGCCAAUGAGAAGCCGGGACUGCUGGACGGCUCCACUCUUGCUGCUGUGGGUAAUAUUGUCGUGGUAACAGCGAGCUACCGCACGGCGGCGCUGGGCUUCCUGAGCACAGGUGAGUCUGGUCUCCGUGGAAACUACGGCUUCUCAGACCAGGAAGCAGCGCUACGCUGGGUCAAAGACUACAUCUCCCUGAUGGGCGGGGACAGCAGCAGAGUGACGGUGGGGGCGGAGCGUCGUGGUGCUGACAUCACCAGCCUUCACCUCCUGUCCUCAUCAUCUCCUCUGUUCCAGAGGAUGAUGCUGAUGGGCGGUUCAGUGUUUUCUCCAUCACUGGUUCAGACUCCAUCCCCCUCCAGAAGUCAGGCACUCAAUCUGGCCAAAGAGCUCGGCUGUGUGACCUCCGACCUCACCGACGAUAAGCUGGCGUCCUGCCUCAGAGCGUCAUCUGUUCAGAAGCUCAACGCUGCUCAGACAAAGCUGUUGGCGGUCAGCGGGCCGUUCCAGUCCUGGUCUCCGGUCCGUCAGUCCGUCUCUCCAUCCUCAUCCUUCCACAGAGUCGACCUGCUGCUGGGAACAUCAGAACAUGAUGGUCUUAUCAGCCGCGCUCGCAGGAUAAAGGACUUUGAGGCUCUGCAGGGCCGAGCUGACAGUAAGACAGCAUUUUACGAGGCUCUGAGCCGCUCGCUGGGCGGAGCGACGGGAAAUGAGCUGCUGAAGGACGCAGCGGCGUGGUUCUACUCGCUGGAUCACAGUCCCUCAGCUGCUGGAUAUAACCUGUUCUCCAGGGCGCUGAACAACGCCACCAGAGAUCUGUUCAUCAUCUGUCCCACGCUCCAGAUGGCAAGUCACUGGGCUAAGAGCAAAGCUAACAUCUUCCUGUAUCACCAACCAGCCUCCAGCACUCACGACAGGGCCGACGUGUUUGUUCCUCUGGACGUUCAGCUCGUCUUCGGGAUUCCUCAUCAUCCUUUGAGCUCUCAGCGUUUCACCUCCUCUGAUCGACGCCUCUCUCUCGCCAUGAUGACCUACGUCUCCAGCUUCAUACGGAGCGGGAACCCGAACCCAUCCCGGGUCUGGGCUGAGUCAGUUCUGCCCCGCUGGCAGCCAGUGCUAUCCUCAGAGGCUCCGCCCACCUACCUGGAGCUAAGCACUUACCUUCGUCAUCAGAAGGGUUUGAGUCAGAGCUCCUGCUCCUUCUGGACCCAACUGGGACCCAAACUGAUGAGUCUGACAGGUGCGUCAGGGGCGGAGCCUGUCCAGCCUGUAUUGCCCCCUGAACUCCCAGUGGCUGCUCCAUCCAGCCAAUCCCAGACCGAGAAGGACGCCUACAACUAAACCAAUGACAUCAUCAGCCAGCUUCAUCUCCCAUAAUUCAGUUUGAUUCAGAUGGUUUCUGAUGGUCAAUUUUGCUCCUAAUCAUUAAUAAAAAGCAU